CCAUCUGUGCUCGUUUCCUCUGUUCUUCAUAGCAAACAUUUCGCUCGUCCUCAUUCACGGACCUGACAUGUCAUAUAUUAUGUUUUUUUCGGCCUGUGACUGUGAAAUAACUUGGUUUUCCGACAAAGACCGAUCUUAAAAUGACGUUUCCUCUCGAGAAGCGACUGGAGAAGGGAUCGUCUGAUCAACCGUAGAAGAAAGUUUACACGUUGAAACUGUUCGUGGCUGAACAAUGAAUCCACUGGAGUGGGAAGAUGUUUUGCAAAGACUCGGGAGACAUCUGGACCAAAACAACAGCGAAGUUAACAACAACAUGGAAAAGGCUUUAAGAACUAAUCACGAAUACAUGAGCUACGCUGUCGAUGCAGCACACAGCAGCACGGAGGUGGACAUGGAGUGGGAGGAACUCAGUCCCAACAUCCACAACUUUGACAGCGGGGAAUCAGAAGUGGAGAACCCAGAUGGAGAACCACUUCACGUGGAAGAAGAUUUACUUGACUUGGAGUUGGCAAGGAAACAGAGAGAGCUCAGAGAAAUCGAGCAGCAAAUACUGUUCAAGAAAGCUGCCAUUGCUUUGAAAACAGUCGCCCCGGGCAUUUCCUGUAAGGGACAGUCGGCUGCAUGCAAUGGUGAAACUCUACAAGACAGAGUUACUUUGAUUCUGCAGGAGCGAAAUUCACACGGAAAUCUGCCAAAGCUCUGUUCACCCAAACGGACAACAAACUCGUUCCUGCUUGAAGAUCAUCCACUGAAGCUGAGGGUGAAGGCACUGAUGAAGCAGAGAUGUUGUGACCCCCGUGUUUUACCUGUAAAAACACAGGUCCCUGACGUCACACCUCCUCCUGCUCUUGCUCCUCCUCCUGCUCCUCCUUCUCCCAGACAAAAUGUUAUUUCACCAGCUCAGGAGGAGAGCAGUGACAACAUUGGUUUCCAGCGUUUCCUCAGUGUCCUCAACAAAGGAGUGGACAUGGACUUUCUCAGCAGGAUCGUCAACGAUGACAGUGAGGAACUCGCUGUCGGCGAGGAUCUCCUGAUGGUUCGCGCCCCUGCUGUGGAGGCUGAGAGUCGGCCUUCACGCAGCGCAGCCUCCCUAACGGACUCCCUGUGUGGUGAUGAGGUGAAGAAGAAGAACGACAGAAGAGAUGACUCUUUAGGAUCUAACAGUCCAUCCAAGUCUCCCCCAGCAGUGAAAAAGAAGAAGACAGAAGAAGAAAUGCCAAAGGCGGCUGUGCAGCAAGAACAGCUGCAGAACAUUCUUAAAACGCUGGGGUUAAACCUGGAAGUAGAAGAGCUGAACAAACUGACCGACAGGACUCAGGAGAGGCUGUAUGGAAAGAAGAAGGAACAUGUGGAGGUUUCUGCUGUGAGGCAGGAGCGGGAGAGUCGUCGCUCCAACAGACUUCACAGAAGCUCCUCGUCUGAAUCAUCAUCAUCGUCGUCGUCGUCCUCCUCUAGUUCCACCUCUCGGAGCUUCAGCCCGUCUCGUCAAUCGUCUCACAGCAGAGACACAAAACCAAGGCGAGUGUCUGAAUACAGCAGCCAUGACAGUGAAGCACCUCUGACGCAGGAGAGAAGAGACCCCACAGAAAUCUCUGCUUAUCAAUAUUCACAAGAACAGACGCAGUCCCACCCGCCUGCGUUCCCUACGUUUACACAUUACAGUUUGCCUCAGUACUCCGAGUACACGGCCAACGACAGCGACGCUUCAACUUCGUACUCGCCGUACACACGAGCCGCCGUUCCUCCCGCCAAGUAUCCUUAUCCUCCCAUCACGGAACACUACUUCCCUCGUCGCAGUUUGUUUGAGGACAUUAACCUGCUUGUGAAUCCAGACUUGUCCACCAGUGAAGGCCAGAGUGGAUCUAACCAACGCUGCCUGCGGGUCAUCAAACCCAACCAGGCCGCCCGUCAGCCGUAUCUGAAAGAGCUCACCAAAAAGAAGCGGAAGUCAAACUACAUUAGGAAGUGUCGGAAAUGGUUUCACAAGUUAAGGGAGAGAAAGAAGAGAGGAAGACAGAAGUGCUUGAAUCCCCUACAACACACUAGGUUUGCUGUGCAGACGAUGCAGACGAUGCAGACGCUGCAGACGAUGCAGACGAUGCAGACGCUGCAGGCGUCACAGGGAGACGGAGCUGAUCUACAACCUCAGCCCAAAGAGGAAAAAAGGCCGCGGACGGAGGAGGAAAUCAAGAUGAACCUGAGGAGAAAGGUGAGGCUGACAAGCUUCCUCAUCCAGCAUCUCAUUUCUAGGACGCUUGAAGCGUUUAACCAGAGGGCAAAACAACAAGUCCCACAGACGCCCAGACCUCUCACUUCCCUCUCCCAGACUGAGUGAGUCAACAUGUCCGCUCAUUUUCCACUGUUCCACAGAUCUGCGGAUAAUCUUCUUGAAACUCCGCCUUGACAAACCACAUGGACUGUGACGUUACACACACACACACACACACACUUUCGUUGCGUUCCACUAAAUUAACUGUUCAAAAAUAAUGUUUUUGUGACGUUGGUCAAGACAUUUCUGUGCUCACACCACGUCUUUGUAUCUGUUUGUACUUCAUGCUGUUUACAUUUGAUUAGAAAGAAAAAUAUUUAAUUCCACAUAUUUUCGUUUGUUGUUUAUCAUUACUACUAUUAUUAUUGUUGUUAUUAUUAUUAUUAUUACUAUCAUUACUGUUACUCUUAUUAUUAUUAUUAUCCUUAUUAUUACUAUUAUGCUUAUCAUUAUUAUUAUAAUUACAAUUACGUGCAUUAUCAUCAUUAUUAAUAAUAAGAAUAAUAAAAAUAAUUACAAUAAUAAUAAUAAUAAUAAGAACAAUUAUAAUAAUAAUUAUAAUAAUAACACCUGUUACACUAAAUAACGUUUGUGUUAAAAAACAGGAUUAAAAAUAUUUCUUAUUUAUUUAUUGAAAUAAUUGUUAUUGGUGUCAUUUAUCAAAGUGCAUUUUCCAAUAAUUACACAUUUGAAUUUUACAUCUGAAAUACUAGUCAAGCCACUUUUCUUACCUUUACAGCUCCAUAAAAACAUUUCAAUGGUUCAUUCUUUGUCAUAAUGAUGUUUAAAGUGAUGCACAGAGUAAUAGAAAAACAGCUUUUCUUUCACUAGUUUGGACUUUCUUCUUCAUUUUCUACACACUGGUGCUGAGAAGGUUCUCACAAGCUGCUGUUCCUCAUGUGCAAAUAUCAUGUGUGGCUUAUUGAGAAACUAAAAAAGUAUUUUCAUUCCUAACAGCAUCUACUCAGACUGUAUUUCAUACAAAGCACUACUGCUUUGAAAAUGAUGAAGUGUUGCUUUUGUGGCACAAACCUUUUUUUUUCUCUUUGCAUCAGUAAGAUCUCGAUCGUUUGUCCCUAAAACUGUAGAGCAGCCAUUCUCCAACGUGUGUGGUUGUGUGUGUAAAGUAACAUUAGGACUCUGUGUAUCCAUUCUGUCAAAAGUCAUAACUGGGAUGUUUGUUUUGCAUAAAAAAAACAAUUCAACUAA